GAUAUUGUCUAAUCGGUAUCAUCGUAAUUGCAUAAUCGAAUCACACGGUACUGCCGGUAAUUUCGUUUUCCCAUCUUCCUUGCUGUGCGGAUUUUAAUUUUCGGUGAUUUCUUUUUUUAUUUUCUUCAUAUGAACCUUUUCUUCGUCAGUUGUCACAUCGAAAACAUAGGGAAAUAUCAAGAAACCGUUACUCAUCACUCAGCUCAGUCCGACCAAAACUGAAAAAGGAGGUUGACCGCAGCCCAGGCGCAGGCUCAGGCCAUUGAUCGGCUAUCCACUCCCGGGACCCACUCGGUGUAAGGUACCGGUAAUUACCGGCGGUCUACUUGAGCCGUGAGUGAGUAGGACUAGGACUCGCAUGUACAUGUGGGCUGUGAUACAUUUGCCAAGAAUUACUCUUCGGUGUUUAACUACAAUGGCGGAAAAUUUACCAUAUUUCACACAAGGCCGUGUCAUCAAAGGGUUUGGAAGAGGAAGCAAGGAACUUGGGAUUCCAACUGCUAAUUUUCCUGAAGAUGUUGUAGAGAAACUGCCUGCUGCUUUAACCACUGGGGUCUACUAUGGCUGGGCUUGUGUAGAUGACGGAGAGGUGCACAAGAUGGUGAUGAGUAUCGGUUGGAAUCCAUAUUACAAAAAUGAAAAGAAAUCUAUGGAAACACAUAUAAUGCACACCUUUAAAGAUGACUUUUACGACUCAAUCCUGAAAGUUGGCAUCCUCGGUUUUAUGAGACCUGAAAAGAAUUACCCAUGUCUUGAUUCGUUGAUAGCAGCUAUCAAGCAGGACAUUGCAGAUGCUGAUAUGAAACUGUCACAGCCCGAUGCACUAAAGUACAAAAACGACAACUUCUUCAGGGACCUGUCUUCACAAUUAUGACAGUGAAUUACAUGCAGAAUAUAUUUUAGUUUACAAGAGAUUAAUUUUUAUAGUACACGUAGAUAUAUUCUAAGUAUGUAUGUCUGUGCAA